UUUAAAUUACUCAAACCAAUUUUGCUCCAACAACAGAAACAUUGCGAAAUUUUGACACCUCCAACACACGAUUACACAAACAAAACACAUAAAGUGUGCUUAUUGGUCGAAUAUCGUUUUUGACACUUUUAUUCUGCCUGUUAACAAAAACAAAGCACACGUGGUUUUUGACUUUCUGUGAGUUUGUUAAUCGUACGCUCUCAUUAGGACCCCUCACACAGCCUAUACAAAAUAGAGAAGAAAACGCAACCAACUUACAGCUAACCUGAUUACGCAUAGUAUUAUGCUCAACGCGCUCAAAACAAUUGGAAAAAAAGAACUUACACAACAACUCUGCACCAAAAUGUCCGAACCAUCUUUACCAACUUCAGUCGUGACUAACUAUCCACGUCCACUAGUUUUAUGUGGGCCCUCAGGUUCAGGCAAGAGUACACUACUUAAACGUCUAUUCGGGGAAUACCCACAGACAUUCGGCUUUAGCGUUUCUCAUACUACCCGACAACCACGCCAGUUCGAAGUCGAUGGCGAACACUAUCAUUUCAUUGAAAAGCAAGCGAUGGAAGAGAAGAUAGCCAAUGGCGAAUUUAUUGAGACCGCCACCUUUUGUGGCAACCUAUAUGGCACCAGUAAGGCAGCAGUACGUGAUGUACAAAAAGAGAAUAAAGUUUGUGUUCUGGACAUAGAACCACAAGGUGUUGAGCAGAUAAAGAAGACGGAUUUGAAUCCGUUACUCGUUUUCAAUAAUCCACCUUCGAUCGAGGAGUUGGAGCGACGUUUACGUAAAAGGCAAUCGGAAACGGAGGAGAGUUUAAAGAAACGCUUGACGGCAGCUGAGGGCGAGAUUGCCUAUGGCUUGAAGGAGGGAAAUUUCCAAAAAAUCAUACACAACAUCGAUAUUGAUGUUGCUUAUGCAGAGUUCAAGGAGUUCGUUUUGAACGAGUUAAAGUUGCAAGAAGCUGCUGGCGUAAAAAUACGUUGGGAGUGAGGAGAAGACGACAUGAUAAACUGUUCAAAUUGCAUUUUUUCUUAAUAAACUCAGAUCCUUAAAUUUAUCUCAAUACUAAUAGCAUUUGUAAGAGCUUUAAAGUGUUGUUUGUGGUUCGUAGUAAUCUUUAAAAUGGAAAUAAAAUUU